AUGUACUUCUACGUUCCAGUCAACAAGACCGUCUGCUUCUACAUCACCUCUACCGGAUACGUACCACUUGGCAAGGUGCAAAAUGACAACGCCUUCGACAGUACUGGCAAGUCCUGCCAGACGAUUGACAAGGAUGGCAACUAUUAUCGUGCUGCAAUUGUCAAGGCAACGAAGAUCAGCGGAUUCAUUUGA